AUGCGCUCCCCACACCUUCAAUACCUCCAAAAAUGCUUAUCCCUUGCUGAGAAGUCUCCUCCGCGCCCCACAAACUUCCGCAUUGGCGCCCUCCUCCUCUCCCGCAAAGAUGGCGACCUCAGUACCGAACAGGAUGAGCUCCUCUCAACGGGCUACACAAUGGAACUGGCCGGAAACACCCACGCCGAGCAGUGCUGUCUAUCCAAUUACGCAUCUACACACUCGGUCCCGGACGAGCGCAUAGCGGAGGUGCUCCCCGAUACGCCGGGCCGCAAAUUAGUCCUCUACGUGACCAUGGAGCCGUGCGGGAAGCGACUAUCCGGAAACCUACCAUGCGUGCAGCGGAUUAUCCAGACGAAAGAGAGCGGGAAGAGGGGCAUUGAGAAGGUCUAUUUUGGUGUGAAGGAACCUGAAACAUUUGUUGGGCAGUCUGAGGGAUGCAGGAUGUUGACCGAAGCGGGGAUUGAGUGGAGAGUGGUGCAGGGGCUGGAGAAGGAGAUUUUAACUGUUGCGACAGCGGGGCAUGAGAAUGGGGAGGAGGAGGUGAAGGCUGCGCUGAGCCAUGUGGAAACGAAUUUGGAUGACGUGAGUGACGACGAGAGGCAGAGGCAGGCCCAAAUGAAGCGGAAUCCGAAGAAGCGGAUGAUGGAGGUGCCCGAGCCUAGGUAG